AUGAAAGUCAUUAUAUUUGCUGAAAGAGUAGCCAAUCUUCGAGACUCACAGCAUUUGCAGAUGAUGGAGGUGCAUCGACAUUGUGGGGCAUUUGCAGUGGUGCUCACCAUUAUCAUCCUUGCCUCUCAACCGACUGAAACGGCAGCAAAGUUGAAAAUAGGAAAGGAAAAAAUAAGCAAGUUGCAAUUCUAUUUCCAUGAGAGAGUUUCGGGACAGAACGUGACGGCCGUGGAGGUAGCGCGCGCUCCAUCGACCAAUACUUCGCGCACUUACUUCGGAUCAGUUGUGGUGAUUGACGACAAUUUGACGGAAGGUCCUGAUCCCACCUCCAAAUUGUUGGGCAGAGCUCAGGGUCUGUACGCCCUGUCCAGUCAAGAGGAUCUUCAACUCGUAAUGGCGGUCACCUACGUUUUUCAGAGUGGAAAAUUUAAUGGAAGCACACUCGCCGUGGUGGCCCACAGCCCUGUGUUUGUCAAGGUUAGGGAGAUACCAAUUGUGGGAGGAAGUGGGAAAUUCAGGCUGGGUCGAGGAUAUGCUCUAGCCCGUACACAUUCCUUCGACCCCAACAUGGGAAAUGCAAUCGUCCAUUAUAAUCUCACUGUGCUUCAUUACUAG